UCACCCGGGAGCGAAUUAAAAGGAGGUGACGUUGAGAAAGGCAAGAAGAUUUUUGUUCAGAAGUGUGCCCAGUGCUACACUGUGGAAAAGGGAGGCAAGCAUAAGACUGGACCAAACAUCCACGGUCUGUUUGGGAGGAAGACAGAUCAGGCGGCUGGAUUCUCGUACACAGAUGCCAACAAGAACAAAGGCAUCACCAGGGGAGAGGACACCCUGAUGGAGUAUUUGGAGAAUCCCAAAAAGUACAUCCCUGGAACAAAAAUGAUCUUCGCUGGAAUUAAGAAGAAGGGAGAGAGGGCGGACCUAAUAGCUUAUCUUAAAAAGGCUACUAAGGAGUAAUCCCAGUGCCUUAUUUAUUACAAAACAAAUGUCUUAUGACUUUUAAUGUGUACCGUAAUUUAAUUCAUACCCCAAAAUUCAGAUCAUG